GUAUCAACCGUCGUCUCCGAAAUGAGUAGCACGCAGUCGUUACACUCACUAGCGUUCAGGGUGAUGCGGCUAUGCCGGCCGACGUUCCACGUCGAAACGCCUCUCCGGUUCGAUCCCUGCGAUCUCGUCGUCGGCGAAGAUCUGUUCGACAGUCCCUCUGCCGAUACGCGCCUCCUCCGCGUUAAUUCAGCUUCCUUCGACUCCUCACCUGCCGAUCUCACCUACCGUAACCGGUUCCUCCUUCGCGAUGAUUCCGACGCCAUGGGCGUACCUGGUCUCCUCGUCCUCCCUCAGUCCUUCGGGGCAAUAUAUCUCGGCGAGACGUUUUGUAGUUAUAUAAGCAUCAACAACAGCUCAAAUUUUGAAGUCAGGGAUAUAAUAAUCAAGUCAGAAAUACAAACAGAAAGGCAGAGGAUACUGCUUUUAGAUACAACAAAAGCACCUGUUGAAAGCAUACGAGCAGGAGGACGCUAUGAUUUCAUUGUCGAACAUGAUGUGAAGGAGCUUGGUGCACACACACUGGUCUGUACUGCUCUGUACUACGAUGGUGAUGCUGAGCGCAAGUAUCUUCCACAGUAUUUCAAGUUCAUGGUUUCAAAUCCACUUUCUGUUAGGACAAAGGUCCGUGUUGUGAAGGAUACUACUUUUUUGGAAACUUGCCUAGAAAAUAAUACAAAAUCAAAUCUGUUUAUGGAUCAAGUGGAAUUUGAGCCUGCUUCAAGAUGGAGUGCAACCAUACUUAAAGCUGAUGUUCAUCAUUCCGAAAAGGGUGGUUUUACUAGAGAGAUAUUUAAGCCACCCGUUCUUAUUAGAUCAGGAGGAGGUAUUUACAACUAUCUUUAUGCAUUGAAAAUGUCAUCUACACCAUCAAAAGGCGAAGGGAAUAAUGUACUUGGUAAACUCCAGAUUACAUGGCGUACAAAUUUGGGUGAACCUGGACGCCUGCAAACACAACAGAUAAUUGGUAAUGCCACCAUGCGCAAAGAGAUUGAUUUAAGAGCAGUGCAAGUGCCACCUGUCAUCAUGUUAGAAAAACCCUUUACUGUACACUUGAGCCUCACAAACCUGAUUGGGAAGAAGCUUGGGCCUUUUGAAGUUUCAAUAUUAUCACUAAAUGAUUCAAAAGAAGAAAAGGAUGUUAUGAUUAGCGGACUUCAAAUGAUGAAUUUACCUGAGGUGGAGGCAUUUGAAUCCCUCGAGUUUCAACUGAAUCUGAUAUCUGCCAGACAUGGAGUGCAGAAAAUUAGUGGCAUUACAGUAUUUGAUACGAUUGAGAAGAAAACUCUUGAACCAUUGGCGGAUGUAGAGAUAUUCGUUGAUUCGGAUCUUUAAGAUGGGUUAUGACGCAUUGACGCGUACGAUUAUUAACCACUAGGAAAUAAAUGUUGAAGCUUUGUAUUGUGCAAC